AUGAGCUCGGGGUAUGCCAACGGAGACAGCAAACAGCAGAAGAAAAUCAUUACCUCAAUACCUACUGUACCUGUCACAGUCGAGAGAAGGCCUUACAUAUCGAAGAAGGACGAGCAGAAGCUGCAUCACCCUGGCACUGCUCGCGCGAACAUUGCGGCCACACUAGAGCAACCCAAUGGUACCCUGGAAGAGGACUGGGCAGCGCGUCACCAACAUCAGACGGUCCUGCAACAACACUGUGACUUCUUCGACACUGACCAGGACGGAAUCAUCUGGCCACUCGACACAUACAUCGGCUUCUACAGACUUGGGUUUGGGGUCAUCCUGUCACUGGUAGCUCUCUUCAUCAUCCAUGUCAACUUCUCAUACGUGACACAGCCGUCCUGGUUGCCGGAUCCGUUCUUCCGUAUCUACCUCGGUAAGGUGCACAAAACCAAACAUGGCAGCGACAGCGGUACCUUCGACAACGAAGGGCGAUUCAUACCUCAGAAGUUCGAGGAGAUCUUCACCAAAUACGCCGAUGGGAAGGACAGCUUGAGUUUCUGGGACAUGAUGAGGCUGAUCAAGGGCCAGCGGCUGGCGUCUGACCCGAUCGGCUGGGGAGGUGCUGUCUUCGAAUGGUCUAUUACGUACAUCAUGCUAUGGCCGGAGGAUGGUGAGAUGCGAAAAGAAGACAUUCGCCGGGUCUGUGACGGAAGCCUUUUCUAUACCAUUGCCGCGAGACGAGCCAAGAAUCAGCCUGCCUCCAAGGGAGGAAUACAGCGGGCGAAGCGUUAUCGACUGUUUUGA